CUUAACAAGAGUUACGUCACUCCCAACCCUCUAUAACAUGGAUCUGCCCUAAUUCAUCAUCAUAAUAUACACUCGUAUCUCCUCUCAAGAAUAAUUAACGUUGAUUAAAUUUAGUAGACGCAUAAUUAAUACUAUGUAUUAUAUCGGACGAAUGAAAUAAAACCCUUAAAUUCGUUCCUGCGUAUCUUGAAGAAGCAGAGAAUUGAAGAUGUUCUCACGGAUUUUCGGGAAUAAACCGAAUAAGAACGCUCAAAAGGAAGGCAGUCUUACUACGAUUGUUAAAUUAACCGAGACACUGACGAUGCUGGAGAAGAAGGAGAGUCUACUCCAAAAGAAGGCAUCUGAAGAAUUUGAAAGGGCAAAAGAGUUCGCAAGAAUUAAGAACAUGAGAGCGGCAAAACAAUGCUUGAAAAGGAAAAGACUAUAUGAGCAGCAAAUUGAGCAGUUGGGGAAUUUCCAGUUGCGCAUCCAUGAUCAGAUGAUAAUGAUAGAAGGAGCAAAAGCCACGUCUGAAACAGUUGAGGCCCUUAGAACUGGUGCUGCUGCAAUGAGAUCUAUCCACAAAACAAUGAAUGUGAAUAAUGUGGACAAGACAAUUGAAGAAAUAACUCAACAGACGGAGGACACAAGGCAGAUACAGGAAGCAUUGGCUGUUCCCUUCAGUGACUUUGAUGAGGAUGAAUUGGAGGCGGAACUUGAAGAACUAGAAAGUGCUGGACUUGAAGAUGAGCUUCUUCAGCCAGCAAACAUCGGCCAUACUGCUCCACCGCGUAUACCAACCACUAGACAUUCAACCAGGCCUUCUAAAGUCGAUCUCCGAAAUGACAAGGAUGAAGAAGAAGAAAUUGUUGCAUUGCAGAAAGCAAUGGCUCUUUAGACUUGGCCUUUUUGUGUUAUCUUAACGUCUACUUGGGAUCCAAACACUUUUGGUGUAACUGUAAGCUAUUAGUGGAGCAGAGUUUUGGUCUUUUUUGGUAAACAGCGGUUAGGAGGUUGUGUUAGCGAUUUUGACCGGCGGAUUGAUCUGAUGUUUUAACUCAUUUUUAAAAGAUGGUUUAAAAAUGUUUAGCUAAUUAGCGGUUUGGAUAUUGCUGCUUCUACAUAAAAUAACAUAUAAGGGCUCCUCUUC